GUUACAUUAAUUAUCUACUUUAACUAACACGACUAGAGCAAAGUAUGCCCCCAAGACGUAUGGCCAUAAACUCCCGUAACUUAAGCUAGAGCUAUAGCAAUAUUCUUUCCAUAUUUUCUAGAUCCACCUCGUGAAAUAUCGCUUGACCAUAAGCUAAGAAUCAGUGGCGCCGACCGAAGUCCAGCCGCCACGGAGAUAAACAGCUUUCGGAUACAAUUCCGAGGUAGCAGAUUAUCAUUUGAAUCCCGAAACUCUACAACUUGUAAAUAGGUAAGUAUAAACACGCCAACAGUCUAGCAGAUAGGUAACAUGUCUCGUGGAUUGAGUAAGGCAUAGUUGCGGGUUGAAGAUAACCCUCACACGGCAAAUGAACAUUCUUGUAUUGCGCUCUCGCGGCCGUCUCCCCCGCAUUUCAUGCAGGCGUCAGUCCUGUCUCCGUCUUGUAUCCGUUGACGUUUAAACAUGUAUUCUAUCUAUCUAUCUAUAGGCAAUAUAAUAUCAUUAAUCCAGACGCAUUAGAUUACUAGCUCUCAUAUCCACCAUGGAAGACCAAGCAGACGUACUCAUAUGCGGUGGCGGUUCCGCCGGUCUAUGUGCCGGAGUCUGGCUCGCCCGCUGCGGUAUCCGUUUCCGGAUCCUAGAACAACGGGACGGGCCGCUCGAAAGGGGGCAAGCCGACGGAGUUCAGUGCCGAACGACGGAAAUAUUCGAGAGCUUCGGACUUUCCGAUACUCUUCUCAAUGAAGCCUACCAUGCCUCCGAGCUAGCAUUCUGGGCUCCGGAAGAUGGUGGCACCGAAAUCAGGCGCACGCAUUAUGCUGCUGAUAGGUUGCCCGGCGUAAGCCAUCUACCGCACGUCCUCCUCGGCCAGGCUAGGAUGAACGAAUUACUCACGAACGAGAUGGAGAGUGUGGCAGGAAGGUCGUGCGUCGAGUAUGGUUGCGGGGUCUUGAGCGUAGAGGUUGAUAGCGAGAAUGCGUGGGAUCCCGAUGCAUAUUGCGUUACUGUGGGAGUGUUGAAAGAUGGGACGGAGCGGAAAUACCGUACGAAAUACGUUCUAGGCAGUGACGGAGCUCACAGCGCUAUCCGGAAAUCGCUUGGCUUUAAGAUGGUCGGCGAUACGAGUGAUUCAGUCUGGGGAGUGAUGGAUAUCUAUCCCCGAACCAACUUCCCUGACAUCCGCAAGAAAGCCAUGAUCCAGUCGGGAGCAGGUAACCUGAUCAUCAUACCCCGAGAAGGGGAUCUGCUAGUUCGCUUCUACAUCGAGCUGAAGGGUGCAGUUGCAAAAGACGUCACGCUAGAAGAGCUUCACGAAAAGCUCCGGCUGAUUCUUCGUCCGUACGAUCUGGAAGUAGCCGAAACAGCAUGGUGGUCUGCCUAUUCUAUUGGCCAACGCCUUGCCGACCACUUCCAGAAAGAUUACCGCGUAUUUCUAAGCGGCGACGCCUGCCAUACUCACUCUCCCAAAGCGGGACAAGGGAUGAAUGUCAGUUUACAGGAUGGCUAUAACAUCGGGUGGAAGUUAGCGGCUGUCAUCCGAGGACAAGCCAAGCCGGAGUUACUUGAGACGUAUGUCUCAGAACGACAGAAGACCGCUGCGGAACUGAUCGAGUUUGAUCGGACCUGGACCAAGCUCUUCUCAUCUACCUAUCGUAAGGAGCACGGUAUUACGCCAGAGCAGUUCCACGAUAAGUUCCUCUUGUCUGCUCAGUACACCGCGGGCCAAGCUGUCAAUUACAACGACUCUAUAAUAGUUUCUGCAAAGACCAGUGAAGCUUCCUUGGCCACCGGCUUAACCGUCGGGAUGAGACUCCCGAGUGUUCCAGUAAUCCGCUUCGCCGAUGCUCGCGUAAUGCAACUGGUCCGAUUCUUACCGGCCCAAUCCCGGUGGCAUGUCUUAGUGUUUCCCGGGGAUAUACGCGAUUCUAGAAUUAUAACGCGGUUACAGAAUUUUUCAUCCGGCUUACAGAAGAUUAUCGAUGCCUUCACGCCGCCAGACGUCGACCGUGAUGCAGUCAUCAACCCUAUACUCGUGUUCUCAUCAGGACGUACAGAAGUUGAACUAGACCGUAUCCCUCCUGUUUUCACACCUAUCGUAAGCAAAUGGAAGAUGAAGUCUCUCACUAAAGUCUUCUCCGACGACGAUGGAUACAACUCGCCAUCUGGACACGCGUAUGAAGUAUAUGGGAUAGAUCCUAACCGAGGUGCGGUAAUCAUUGUUCGACCAGAUCACUAUAUAUCCAAGAUUUGCUCAUUAGAAGACGUUGACGCCAUAAUGUCAUUUUUCGACGGAUUUAUGAAACAGAAAGUAGUUUAACUGAAGAAAAUAUCUGUAUAUAUUGUAAACACCUAUCAACACGUAGCCCAAGCGGACUAAUCACCCCUUUUUUUAUUUUCAC